AUGGAAGCUACUGAUGAAACUGAGCUCUGCUUCCCAACACUCCCCAACUCUUCCUGCAGGAGAACCGUGAAUCCUCACUCAGUGUCAAUGACGGCUUACGUCACACUGUCCUGCAUCUCUCUGCUCACUGUGGCCCUCAACCUGCUGGUCAUCAUCUCCAUCUCUCAUUUCAAGAAGCUCCACACUCCCACCAACAUCCUCCUCCUCUCUCUGGCUGUCUCAGAUUUCCUUGUGGGCUUCAUCAUGUUAUUUCAGAUUCUUGGCAUCAAUGGUUGCUGGUAUCUUGGUGACCUCACUUGUGUAAUAUAUUUAUAUUUUGAUUACAUUGUCACAUCUGCCUCUGUGGGAACCAUGGUGCUGAUAUCGGUCGAUCGCUAUAUUGCAGUUUGUGAUCCACUACAUUAUUCCAGCAAAGUGACGGAGAACAGAGUGAAGCUGAUCGUGCUGCAGUGCUGGUUAGGUUCUGCUCUCUGUCACACUUUGUUGCUCAAAGAGAACCUGAAACACCCAGGAAGCUUUAAAUCCUGCGCUGGAGAGUGUGUGUUAGGGAUGACUCCUGUUGCUGGAAUUAUGAAUCUCAUCCUGACAUUUAUCGGUCCUGUUGCUGUCAUCAUUCUUCUGUAUAUGAGAGUGUUUGUGGUGGCGGUGUCUCAGGCUCGGGCCAUGAGGUCUCACGUCGCAGUGGUGACCCUGCAGAGCUCGGGGACGGUUCUGGUGAAGAAAUCAGAGCUGAAAGCUGCCCGGUCUCUGGGCGUGGUGGUGCUGGUGUUUCUGUUGUGUCUCUGUCCGUUUUACUGCGUCACAAUCUCAGGUCAGGACACAGCGUACAAUCUUUCAUCCAUCGCUUUUGUUUUAAAUCUGCUGUACUUUAACUCCUGUCUAAAUCCGCUGAUCUACGCUUUUUUCUAUCCCUGGUUCAGAAGAUGUGUGAAACUGAUAGUGACUCUGCAGAUCCUGAGGCCUCGAUCUGGUGAGGCCAACGUAAUGGAGUGGGACUGA